AUGGCCCAGAGGCAGGCCGAUAAGACGGCCUCGCCAACUGAAUCAGAGAGUGCCCGACAGCAGGCCAAACGCUCUCACCAAGCCGAGGCUUACGGUCUGUCUGAACUGCUCAAUGCCAGUCUUGACUUAUCACUGAGACACUCAGCAGAUGCCAAAGCUACCGAUCCUCCGCUGCUCCAAAAGCAUUCUGAGAUAAAGUCAUUUCAGACCAGUCGCUUUACAUAUCCUGGAGUCCGCGUCUUCUACAAGGAGCACCCUCAAGCGCAGCAGCUACCAACCUCACCGGCUCCCCUCCCGCUGCUGGUCUUCGUUCAUGGGCUCGGUGGCUCCAUAGCACAGUUUCACCCUCUGCUCACCAGCCUUACUAACAUCGCCCCUUGCUUGGCUAUCGACUUACCAGGAUGCGGAGUUUCCCAGUUCGCACCUACCCAGUGGGAGGCGUACUCUACAGAUGCCCUAGCAGAGCUUCUAGAGGUCAUCAUUAAUGCGUACAGGGACAAGAAUGCAAGCCAAGGUGUCGUCUUCAUCGGCCAUAGCAUGGGCUGUGCAUUUGCCGCACGCCUCGCCAGCAAGUCCGCUCCCCAUACCACGGAUCUGGCCAGCUACGUGACUGGUUUGAUCGCUAUAUGCCCACCUUCUGGACCUCCGACCGAACAGCAAGUCUCCUUGUUCAGGAAGUUCCUCUGGAUCCCCACUCCGAUCUUUGACUUAUGGCGCGCUUGGGAUAGACGUGGAGGCGUCGAAAGCGCCAGUGUUAAGAGAUUUGUCGGUGCGGAUGCGGACCUCGAGUCUAAACGACUGCAGCAUCGCUUCAACAACCAAAGCAAGACGCCGGUCUGGAGACGGAUGGCCUGGGGCAGUCUUCCUGUCUACGAGAAUGGUGUCCCCAAAGGGGGCUUGCCUGGUAGAGAGGUUUGGGCAUCGCUCAACAUUCCCAUCUUCCUCGUUGCAGGAGCGAACGACAAUGUCACUUCUCCGAAAGAGGUGGACAAGAUUAUUGGAUUUUUGGAUUCGAGCAGGUCCGUUUCAGACGCCGAGUCAUCCGAUACUCACCAACCGGUCGUCGAUGCAGCUGCCCCGGUCGAUACAACAGUGGACACCCGCGAGAGAAGGCCUAUUACGAUUGAAGAGCUUACGGAUGAGGACUUCCAGCGUGCCAAAAAGCUGGUCACCAACGAUGACACGCACGAAGAUCCGUCCACGCCGCAGGAGACACCAAGCGCGAUCCCGCCUCAGCCAUCACACCCUCACAAGAUAGUCAAGGCUAUCGUGCUCCCGCCACCGGCUACUCAUGCUCUGCUAUACAUGCCCGCAACUGUGCGUAUACUGGCUGGCCUAGUGUCGGACUUUCUGGGGGCUCAUAUCACGGGUCGGCUGUCACUGGGCUGGCAACUCCAAUACCUAUCCCGAGAAGGCAAAUGGGAUGUCAAGAACCUCGCAAAAUGGCAGAAAGUUGCGCCGGUCUCCGAGCCCAUUGCUGGCGUCUUCCGAGCGAUGAAGACCAUGCGCGAGACGGACGAGACGCACUCGCCGAAGGAGUUUGUCAAGAACUGGGGCGGGGUCAUCAAAGACAUCAUCGAUAUCUCGCACGACAACCCUGUGUACGACCCCCGAAGUCUCGAGAAAGGGGGCGUGAAGUAUCACAAAUUCCCAACAGUCUCCAAGAUCCCUCCGACCGACACCGAGGUGGACUCGUUUAUUGUGCUUGUGGACCGCGUGCGAGAAGACCAGAAGAGGCGAGCCGAGGAAGAGGGAUGGGAUGAGGAUUACCUGGUAGGUGUCCACUGCCACUACGGCUUCAAUCGCACGGGGUACUUCGUGGUCUGCUAUCUCAUUGAGCGCUGCGGGUUCGGCGUCCAGGAAGCCAUUGACGCAUUUGCAAAAGCGCGGCCAAACGGCAUCCGGCAUUCUCACUUCAUAGAUCACUUGUUCAUACGCUAUUCGGGGCUAAAGGCCGAUGCGCAAAACGCGUCCACCUAG